AUGUCUGUGCUUGGAAAAGCCGCACAGGAGCGGAGGCCCUUGACAGCAGGGCUGCUUCAUGAUUGGGUCAAUGUUGCAGCGCUGACGGCGAUCUUUGCCCUGAGUGCGGCUGCCCUCGAGUCUGGCGAGGAGUCCUCACUCCACACGAUCGUCAUCGCCGUGACCGCGGCCUACUUGGUCUCCGACGCUCUCUGGAUCGCGCUGCAACCGGACAUGGUCAAGACGCCCGUCAGCGUAAUUCUGCAUCACUUGGUGACUCUCAUCGUCAUCGUAGAGCCAAUGUUUUAUGAAAGCCAUCGCGUAAACGCGAGCCGGGCUUUACUCGUGGAGAUCAACACCGUCUUGCUGACCCUACGCAGACUCUUGGGACGUCCUGCCUGGUGCGAGCUGGGCUUUUACCUAACGUGGGCUGUGAUACGUCUCAUCUGGUUUCCGGCUCUCGGUACCGCACUCUUGGCCAGCACGUUUGGAUGGACAUCUCCGCUCGCGGCGCUUCCACCACCGCUGACAGCGCUUGUGGUCGAGGUGAGGCCACCAGCGAUAAGGAGCUACGCAAGCCUUUCUUUCGCUGCCGUGGUUAUGCUGCAGUUCUACUGGACCUGUGCGAUGGGUCGUGGGAUGUGCAAGUCUGGAGCCAACAAAGAAAGCAGGAAAGAGCGGAGCCUCGAAUCAGAGCCGUCUGCUCCGGCGAACCUCAGGUAUCUUGCCCUGUCUUUGCUUUCUACCGGCUUGAUUGCUGGAAGCCUGUUGUAUUGGAUGUUGCCUGGUACUCUGUCUGAAGGACAAGUCCACAGCGACUUGUAA